UUUGUUUAUAUAUAUGUAUGCUUCUGUUUAAUUCUCCAUUCAUUCCAUGCACCUGAGAAAGCUACCAAGUACCAACGUCCUUUUCUCUUUGUAAACCCAGUGGAGCUGGAAUUGUCUGUAUCCAGUUCAAAAAUUCCGUAUCAUCAAAGGAAACAAUAAGUUCCCCCCCUCUAUAUUUAACACUCUUCCAUCCUUGCCACCUUGUGCAUGCUUUUAAGCUAAACGUUGCAUAACUGAAACUUCUAUAUAAGGGUUAUCUUACUCAAAUUAUAUUAUUAUAGCUGGUUAUAUUCAAGGCUUGAAAGUUUCAAUGGCUGAAGCCAAUUACUAUGCAAGUAACAGAAGCACCACAAGCCAUUGGAUUUGGAAAGAUAUGAAUAGUGUUGGUGAGAAAGUGAAAAGAUAUUCAGGUUUGGCAUGGAGAACAGCACUGAAAGUGGGCAAAGAGGACCCAAGAAGGGUGGUCCAUUCAUUGAAAGUGGGCCUGGCUUUGACACUAGUUUCAUUGCUCUAUCUAAUAAAGCCGUUGUUUGAAGGGAUUGGACAAAACGCCAUGUCAGCUGUCCUCACUGUGGUUGUGGUCAUGGAGUUUACUGUUGGAGCAACAUUGGGCAAAGGACUAAACAGAGGGUUGGGGACUAUGCUGGCAGGAUCAUUGGCAUUUCUUGUUGAGUAUGUUGCAGACAUCCCUGGUCGGAUUUUUCAAGCUGUUUUCAUUGGUGCUGCAGUUUUUAUUUUAGGAGCUAUAACUACUUAUGUGAGGUUCAUUCCCCACAUCAAGAAGAAUUAUGACUAUGGUGUCUUGAUAUUUCUCUUGACUUUCAAUUUGAUAACUGUAUCAAGUUACCGAGUCAAUAAUGUGUGGGAAAUUGCAGAAGAUCGCAUAGCCACCAUUGCCAUAGGUGGUGGCCUAUGUCUUCUAAUGAGUCUAUUGGUAUUUCCAAAUUGGUCAGGGGAAGACCUCCAUAACUCCACCAUAUCAAAGCUCGAAGGCCUAGCCAACUCUAUAGAAGCUUGUGUCACGAGAUAUUUUAAUGAUUCUGAAAAUCAAGAAACUCAAGAUGAUUCAUCCGACGAUCUGAUUUACAAAGGUUACAAGAUUGUUUUGGAUUCCAAAGCUAAAGAUGAAACACUGGCAUUACAAGCAAGCUGGGAGCCAAGAUGGUCAAGACAUUGGCAUAGAAUCCCAUGGCAGAAGUAUACAACUGUUGGAACUGCUCUUCGCCAGUUUAGUUACACUGUUGUUGCACUACAUGGGUGUCUGCUAUCUGAAAUUCAGACACCAGGGUCGAUUAAAGCCCUAUACAAAGAGUCUUGCAUCAGUCUUGCGGAAGAAGUGUCUAAAGCACUAAGGGAACUGGCCAACAGCAUAAGGAACAAACGUCAAUUCUCCCCUCAAGUGCUGUCUGAUAACCUGAAUGAAGCUCUACAAAACCUCAACGAUGACUUGAAAUCCCAACCACAACUCUUUCUAGGCUCAAAGAAAAGUGGAACAGUUGCACACCCUGAAGAGGACACUAGAUUAUCAUUCUCAAGUGUCAGGAGUGAUUGUUCUUCCAUGUUUGAAUAUAAAUCCAAAGAGCUCUCUGGUGAAAUGCCAAUGGAAGGACACAAGAAGGUUUUAAAGCCGUUGCUGAGUAAGAUUGCAAUGGCUAGCCUUGAGUUCUCAGAAGCAUUGCCUUUUGCUGCUUUCACUUCUAUGCUUGUGGAGAUGGUGGCAAAGCUGGAUCGUGUUAUAGAUGAAGUUGAGGACUUGGCGAAGUUGUCACGCUUUAGAGAGUUCAGAGAUGAUGAUGAGAUUGUUGUGACUUGUGAGAGACCAAAAAUAGUGAACAAUGACUUGCCUUCUUAUGCAUUAGAUUAAUUAGUUGAUAGAUAAUCAAUCCACUUGGAUUGUUAUAGGAGUAUGAGCAUGUUUGGAUACAACUUAUAAGUAUUUUUUAGAACUUCUCUACUGAAAAUAAGAAAUAAUUUUCAGUUGAGAAAUUCUUAAAAGUACUUGUAAACUUGUAUUCAAACAUGUUUUAUAUAUAUAUGUAUUCUACUUAAGUGAUGUUUAUCAUCCCACUAGAAGUGUUAAGUAUUUGAGUGUCUGUGCGAGAAUAAGGCAUAUGUGGGGAGAGCAUGGCAGUUAUGUAGUUUUAAUAGGUCUUCUAAAAACAGAAAUGUAAUCAAAAGCUAAUAAUUCUCUGCUAUGAGACGUUUUAAUCGCAAUAUAUAGCAAUCUCAUGUUGAAAUUA